AUGAAGACAGCUAGCUCCUUGUCUACUCCGCCGACACUUUCUUCAUCGCUGUCGGGAACACCUUCGUUCAUUCGCAUCGGAGGAGGAUCGUUCUCGCCAGGAGACGUGUAUGUGGAUUGCAUCCUUCCUAAAGUUCUCGCUAGGGACCAUCAAGCUGAAACAGGCGACAAAAAGAAAAGCAGUUUGGGCAGCAACACGAGUUUCAUGUCCGAGACGGUCGUGCUGCCACUUGGAGAGCACCCAGCUAUUCUACAAGCUCAAGAGGAAUGUCGGAUCCUCAUGAGUGGCAACGACGUUUGCGUAAUCGAGGACGAGACCGUCAAGGAAGACGUGGUGCAGAUACUAGGCAAUGACGCUGAGCUGGUGUUUCCCGUUCGCAACAUCUUUCGCUACCUCGUCAUGUUUGUCAAGAACAUGGAUCUCUUCCUGGAAUUUCACAUCGAGGUGUUGGACGAUACUCAAAAGUAUCGACAGUUCACUGUGACCAACACGAGAUCUCUUGCUCGGGUUGAAGACUCGAGAUGCCAGUUGCCUCUCGCGUUUGGCACACACCCUGGUUGGCGCUAUCUUUGCAUGGAUCUACAAGAUCUCACGAGCCAAGCGUUUGGGACUCGCCACGUGACCACGACAAAGGUGCGUGUCGGUGGCAAUUGUCGUCUGCUUCGCAUGUUUUUCCAGGACGAACGCUACGCCGACGCCGACCUGCCUGCACACCUCACCUUCCUCGGGUAG